AUGCUGCUGGACAUCAAUGUCUCUCUUUUAUCUGUCACCGGCAUCCUGUGCACCCUCCUUUGCCUCAUCGUCAAGCUGUUCGAGACCUCUCCGGUCCCCAAGGACAUCCCAUGGAUUCUGAAGAAGCAGAACUUCCUGCGCCGCGCCACCGAGCGCUUCAUCGGUGUCAAUCCCAUUACCUUCAUCCAGGAGGGCUAUGAGAUGUACUCGAAGAACCAGCAGCCUUUCGUCAUGCCCAGCGUCAACGAGGGCGACGAAGUAGUCCUGCCCAAAGAACACUCCAACCUGGUCCUCUUUGCCAAAGAGUCCGAGUACAGCUUCAAGGCCCACAUCUCCGAGUUCUUCCAGCUCAAGUACACCAGCUGGCCCCUCGCCUUCGCCGAAAAGUACGACUUCUUCGUCAAGCUCGUCAGCAAAGACCUGACCGAAACCCUCAAGUCCGAUGCCGUCGCCGAUGCCCUCGCCUCCGAAGCCCGCGCCUGUCUGUCGGAUAUCUGGGGCGAGGACGAGGAGAACUGGGUGGAGGUGUCGCUGUACUCGGCCAUGGAAAAGUCCGCUGCUCGGUUGGUCAAUGUCCUCGCGAUUGGACCGGGGAAUAGCCACGAUACAAGUCUUCUCAAUGCCAUGACCAAUUGCUCCAACGCCAUUGUCCUGGGGUCCAACGUCAUCAAAGCCUUUCCUUCAUUCCUGCAUUGUAUCGUCGGUCCCGUUGUCGGCCUCGUCAAUCGGUGGCAGGAGCAUGUCUUCCAUACGCGGAUGAAGCCUCUCAUCGAAGCCAGAAUCAAGCAGCAACGCGAGGCCCCAGAUGAGGCCGCGUUGCAGGCAAAGCUCAAGGCCAACGGCAACCUCCUCGACAUGCUCAUCAACACUGGGCUCCGCAGCAAGUGGCCGGUCGAAGUCGAUACAAUGUGGCUGGCGUACCGAAUCUUCAUGAUCAACUUCCCCGGCGUCCAUACCAGCGGCAUCUCUGCCACCAGUGCUCUGCUCGACAUCCUCAGUUACUCCGGCGAAGAGGGCCUUAUCGGCUUGCUUCAAGAUGAAGUCCAAAGGAUCGCCGCCGGUUCUUCUGGCAAGUGGACUGCCGCCGAGUUGGAACAGGCUUCACUACUUGACAGUGCCAUCAAGGAGAGUCUCCGGUUCAACGGCAUCAAUGCUCUCUCUCCCACCCGAAUGGUCGUUGCGCCAAAGGGUGCCACGCUCCCUAACGGUCUGUUCCUGCCCUAUGGAACCAAGAUCGGAAUCCCCCAAUACGCCGUCCACCGCGACAGCGACCUCUACCCCAACCCCGACGAAUACAAUCCUUACCGUUUCUACCAACCCACCGCCACUCCUUCCGAGCUCCGCGAGAACUCAAUGACGAAUACCAGCGAAUCCUACGUGGUCUUCGGCCACGGCCGCCGCCAAUGCCCCGGCCGGUGGAUCUUCUCCCACAUGUUCAAACUCCUCAUCGCCGAGAUGCUUCUCAAAUACGAAAUCAAACCCUUCCCUACACGGCCGAAGAUUCAUCGCUGGGGACGCUUCCAACUACCGCCCCUGUCGACGAAACUGACCGUCCGACGCAGAAAAGACACUGCAUCUCUCUCUUCCUCUCCUCUCCGUGCUUAG